AUUUAUUGAAGUGUAAAUGCAUAAAAAACCUUUUAACUUCAUCAUCUCAAAAGCGUAGACUUGUUCGCAGAAUCCAAAAUCCGAUUUUUACACUCACAUUUGCCGAACAGGAAAAAUGAGUGAUCACCUGAUUUUGUGUGUUGACCGCCUUGUAACGCCUGAUAAUUUGCAUACUCUGCAAGGGAAUGGGCCCCCGGGAUCAUCCAGUGAGUAUUCCAGUUCUCAUGCUGCUGAUCCACUGGCUCGUGUUGUUGAUGUUGAGGGAGUGGGAGAAUAUGGUGUAUCUGAAGAAGAAGAACCACUUAUUCAAAUGGUGGAGUGUCGCAUAUGCCAGGAGGAGGAUAGCAUUAAGAAUUUGGAGGUCCCAUGUGCUUGCAGUGGCAGUUUGAAAUUUGCCCAUAGGAAAUGUGUCCAGCAUUGGUGCAAAGAGAAACGGGAUAUAACUUGUGAGAAAUGUCAUCAGCCAUACCAACCUGGAUAUACUACUUCACCACCUCCCCCUCAGGCUGAAGAUACUACAAUUGAUAUCAGUGAGGCUUGGACAGUCUCUGGUGCUUCCUUGGACUUGCAUGAUCCACGACUUUUGGUGAUGGCAGCAGCAGAACACCAUUUGUUGGAGGCUGAGUACAAUGAAUAUGCUGAUAGCAAUGCUAGCGGGGCUGCCUUCUGCCGCUCUGCAGCACUAAUUUUAAUGGCGCUGCUUCUCUUGAGGCAUGCACUGUCUCUCACCAUUUCAGAUGCAGAGGAUGAUGCUUCUACAUUUUUCUCUCUUUUCUUGCUCUGGGCUGCUGGUUUUCUUCUUACAUGUUAUAUAAUGGCAUGGGCUGUCGGCAUAUUGCAGCAUUGAAGGCAAAGAUAGGAAGCAGCAGCACUUGCUGCAACAGAAGUUGCAUUUAUGCUUCGCGCUGGGCAACGCCGUGGUUUGCAUUUCACAGUAGUGCCAGGACCUCCAGUGAGCCCCCAUCAGGAACCACUCCAAUAACGUUGUCUUCGUUUUUUUCAGAUGAGAUACUGCAUUGGUGUAGAAAGUAGGCCAAUGAUGGAUAUGAGUAUGUUGUCUUGCUGCUGCAGGGGUGCCACCAAGGGGUUAAAUGAAAAUGGUUAGACUGUAUGUCCCUGCAACUCUUUUCUUUUUGUUUACCCUUUUCAAUCAUGCAUUUCUAUGAUAAUGUUUGUACAUGAAUUAGGGCUCUCACAGCUGUUGAAUUUAUUGUUCUUUGUUGGGUCAGCAGGGCUGCAUAGCUGUUUUUACAGAUGACUAUAAUUGCCGACUUUUGUGGAUAUUCUUUCAUGCAAGUUUCACAUGGUAAUGUAAUUAAGAUUUUAGCCUUCCUUCCAGGUUAAAUUAAUUACAUAUUAUAAUGUAAUUAGCAUCAGAUUAUCUGAGUAAUCUAUUUCUAUGUAUUGUUGAGAUUAUUUCAAUAAUUUAAACACAUUUUUAAUACA